UGGAAGUAGCUUGCAAACGAGGACCCCAGGUUCCGGAGUUGAAGCCCAGCCUCCGGGUCCUCCCAGGCAGCCCGAAGGCAGGGGUAGCAGGGAAGCUUGGGGGAGUCUCAGUGUCUUUGGAGGAGAAAUCCCGUAGCAGCGAAGAGGAAAAUCGAGGCUUCCUGCCGACACCAGCUGGCAAAACACAAGUUUUACCCGGAAGAGCCACACAUUCCUGCCCAAGGUCUUCUUCAGAAAAAUGUCAUCCUCAGGAGCGAAGGACAAGCCGGAGCUGCAGUUCCCCUUCCUUCAGGAUGAGGACACGGUGGCCACACUGCAUGAGUGCAAGACGCUCUUCAUCCUGCGUGGCCUGCCAGGCAGUGGCAAGACCACGCUGGCCCGGCUCAUCGCGGAGAAGUACCACAACGGCACCAAGAUAGUGUCUGCCGACACCUACAAGAUCGUCCCCGGCUCUCGGGCAGACUUCUCCGAGGAGUACAAGAGGCUGGAUGAGAGCCUGGCUGCCUACUGCCGCCGGGACGUCAGGGUUCUUGUGCUCGAUGACACCAACCAUGAGCGGGAGCGACUGGACCAGCUUUUUGAAAUGGCGGACCAGUACCAGUACCAGGUGCUGCUGGUGGAGCCCAAGACGGCCUGGCGACUAGACUGUGCCCAGCUCAAGGAGAAGAACCAAUGGCAGCUGACGGCCGAAGACCUGAAGAAAUUGAAACCUGGGCUGGAGAAGGACUUCCUGCCACUCUUCUUUGGCUGGUUCCUGACCAGGAAGAGUUCUGAGACCCUCCGGAAGGCCGGCCAGGUCUUCCUGGAGGAGCUGGGGAAUCACAAGGCCUUCAAGAGGGAGCUUCGGCACUUUGUUUCUGAGGACGAACCCAAGGAGAAGCUUGACCUGGUCAGCUACUUUGGGAAGAGACCCCCAGGCGUGCUGCACUGUACAACCAAAUUCUGUGACUACGGGAAGGCCACCGGGGCAGAAGAAUAUGCCCAGCAGGAUGUGGUGAAGAGUUCUUACAGCAAGGCCUUCAAACUGUCCAUCUCCGCCCUCUUUGUGACACCCAAGACGGCUGGGGCCCAGGUGGUGCUGAAUGAGCAGGAGCUGUUGCUGUGGCCGAGUGACUUGGACAAGCCGUCUUCCUCCGAGAGCCUGCCCCCGGGGAGCCGAGCUCACAUCACCCUAGGUUGUGCAGCUGAUGUGCAGCCAGUGCAGACAGGCCUUGACCUCUUAGAGAUCUUGCAGCAGGUGAAGGGUGGCAGCCAAGGUGAGGAGGUGGGUGAGCUCUCCCGGGGCAAGCUCUACUCCUUGGGCAAAGGGCGCUGGAUGCUGAGCUUGGCUAAGAAGAUGGAGGUCAAGGCCAUCUUCACGGGGUACUAUGGGAAGGGCAAACCUGUGCCCAUACAUGGCAGCCGGAAGGGGGGUGCCAUGCAGAUUUGUACCAUAAUCUGAGGGUUCACACCACUGUACCCCUUAUGCUCUUUAGAAGGGAGAGGGGUGGACAAGGCAACAUGCCUUCCACUUGAUUUUUAAGAUUUUUUUUUUUUUUUUUUUUUUUUUUUUUUUUUUUUACCCAUAGCUAACCUACCUGUAACCUUUUAAGAAUCUGUAAAAUAACUGCCAGUCCCUUCCUGCCCACUCUUCCCCUUAACACUCAUCUUUCAACACAGGCGGGUGGGCAGAGGAAGAUGCCAUUCAGGAACCUGGACCAGAGGUGACAAUAAAAGGCUGGGUCAUUGGGCCUGGAGCCACAUCUGCCCCAUGUCCAGGGACCGGUUAACCCUCCCUUAGGCCCUGCCCCAUGCCCAUCCAGAGCUGGGCACACCUCAGAGCUGCACACGUCAUGCUAGGGACAGUGUUACUGCCACAGGAAAACAGUGGUAGCUUUGACAGGGGUCUGAUCCUUGGUGCCAGUCUUAAUCACUAUAGCCCUUGGGAAAGCCUGGGCUAUUUACUGGGAUGUAAAAGGGGUUUAACCUCUGGCCUUUGGUCUUUCCUAAGUCCCUAUUCACCUCCUUUACACUGUAACUAUGUUAACAGUGUGAUCACUAGGGGAGAAAAUGGAAUCACCAGAAGCCACAUCUCUGGCUUCCCUCUGGCCAUCAGCCCUUCACAGUUCCAUGUCUCUGCUCUGCGGACAGACAGAGGUCAGAGAGAUGGCCUGAGAAGCUCCAGCUCUGCUUUCUGCCCAGCCCAUCCUGCCUCCAUGGUGCCUCUGGGCCUCCUCUAAAGGAGGGUGGUGGGUACCAAGAGCCAAUGGAGGGGACCCUGAGCUGUCAAGCAUAAGCCCAGCUCACUGGGGGAGUCUGAACGUGCUCACGUGCUGUGGUCCCUGGAGCACCUCUGCCUUCUGCUCAGUAACAGGACCUUGCUAAUUGGGUUGUCACCCAAGUAUCUGGGAUUUAUGUGCCUACCCUGGUUUUGUCCACCUCAGCCACUGAUACUGAAAUAAAUCAUGUUAAUCCCA